AUGAAUAUUGAUGAGGUAGAUGAAACUCUUCCUAUGAUAGAUGAUCAAGAUCAACCACCUCUCACUCAGACUGAAAACCCUACUCCUCCUAUACCUACUGAAAAGGGUAAAAAACUAGGGCUAGAAAGAGGGGAAGACCUCCCAUCCCUAGUUCUAGAGUAUCCAAAAAGAGUUAUCACUUUUUGCCAAGUGGUAGAUCAUAAAGGGGAAACCAUUGGCAAUGAGAUCGAGUUAUGUCUUUUAGAAUGGGGCAUCUCUAAGUUGUUUACCAUUAUAGUAGACAAUGCUUCCUCCAAUGAUGUUUCCAUUAGAUACUUGAAGAGGAAGUUCAAGGAGAAAGAGAAUGGACUAAUUUUGGAUGGAAAAUUUUUACAUAUGAGGUGUUGCGCUCAUGCAGUGAACCUAAUUAUCAUUGAAGGGUUGAAGGAAAAAUAUGGGUCAAUUGCAGUAAUUAGAAAUGUUGUGAGGUUCGUCAGGUCUUCUCCUUCUAGGCAAAAGUUUUUUAAGGAGCGUGCGAUGGAGGAAAUGAUUGAAUGUAAAUGGCUUUUGUGUUUAGAUGUCCCAACAAGGUGGAACCCCACAUAUCUAAUGCUCAAUUGUGCAAUGAAAUUUCAGAAGGCAUUUGACAGGAUGCAAUCAGAUGCUAAUUAUAUGAAAUAUUUUGAUGAGGUUGACAAAUUUAGUGGAUCUACUUAUGUUAAUGCUAAUAAGUACUUCAUUGAGAUCUACAAUAUGCAACAUGAGUUGUAUGACUUAGCAGUUGACGGUGAUGAGAACGAGUUAUUGAGGACAAUGACAACAAGCAUGAAACUAAAGUAUGACAAGUAUUGGGGAAAGAUUGAUAAUUGUAAUGAAAGACUUCUAAUUGUCUUGGUCCUUGACCCAAGAUACAAGCUUGAGUAUCUUAGUCAUUACUUUAGUGCUACUUAUAAUGAGAUGACGUGCAAAGAGAUGGUGAAAAGGGUAGAGCAAACAAUACGAGCAAUGUUUUAUCAAUAUAAUGAGACAACAUCAAGUCUUCAUCCAUCGACAUCUAUGACUCAGCUAUAG